AUGAAAAUAAGCAGAGAACAGGCAGUGGACCUUCUAAAAGACAAACAGAACGGGACUUUCAUUGUCAGGCCUUCCAGUAGAGCCAACAUGAAUAGCAUGUCCAUAAUCCAGGACGGGAAGGUGUACCAUUUGAAGAUUGGGUUGAGAAAAAACGGAAGAAUAUCGCUGGGCAAUGAAAAAGACGACGAGGCAACCUUCAAAAACCUUAAUAUUUUAAUUAACUAUUACAUCAGCAAUACUUUGUAUUUGUACUCUGAAGAGAGGAAUGUAGAGACUUUGUUAAUACCAUACCAUUAA